UCGGAGGAGAAAAUCAAAAUCUCGGAGAGGUCUGGAUUUUACAAUUCAUUGAUUCGGCCUCCUUAAAUAUCCUCUCCAUAAAUGGUAACCGUUUCAAUGCCUUCACAAAAAUGUUUAGAUUCCCUUCACCAGUCGUCCCCCAUUUUCCCCCAAAUUUCCCUCUCGAAAACGCCUCUCUCUCUCUCUCUCUCUCUCUCAAUUUCUCAAUCGCUCUGUAGAUGGAUGCGUUACGUUCGUAUCCGGUCAAUUUCAGCUCCGCUAGGGCUCCGAUCUCGAGCGACGGCGAUGGAUCGAAGAAGCGGUCGAUUAGGAGAAGGAUGAACAAGGCGGCGGUCGAGUGGCUCAGGAGACGAUCCACGGCGGCGAAGAUAGCUCUUGCGGCGGCCGCAGCGAUGUUUGCGCUCGUGAUUCUGAAGCUCACUGUUAAGAAUCAUAACUAUGUCUUCAUCGCCGGUGAAUCCAGCCACGCCGCCGGUCUCCUUGUCCUUGCUUACAAGCUCACCACUCAUAAAACCUGCUCCGGUCUGUCAUCAAAAUCUCAAGAACUCACAGCUUUAUUCCUUGGAGUAAGAUUGGUGUGUGGGACAAUCAUGGAUAUUGACAUUUACACAAUUUUGGACUUCAUUACCCUCGUCUCCACCAUAUGGGUUAUCUACAUGAUUCGCUACAAGUUGAAGAAUACCUAUGCCAAAGCCUUCGACAACUUCCAUUUGUAUUAUGUGGUUGUUCCUUCCAUGGUGCUUUCUAUGGUGAUAUUUCCCCACGCACACCACAAUCAUUUGGUUCGUGUGUUGUGGGCAUUUGGUGUAUAUGUAGAAUCUUUUUCAGUGUUGCCUCAACUUCUAAUGAUGCAGAAUGCCAAGAUGAUAGAACCUUUCACUGCUCAUUAUGUGUUUGCUUUGGGGAUUUCAAGAUUCCUAGCUUUUGCUCAUUGGGUCAUUCAGGUUUUCGAGACUCGUGGGCGAUAUUUGUUAUUGGUUGGCAAUGGUUAUUUUUGGUUCAUGACAGCUUUCAUAGCAGAAAUGAUUCAAACCUUCAUCUUGGCCGAUUUUUGUUACUAUUACAUAAAGAGUUUCAUGCAAGGAAAAUUGAGGAUGCCUAUUUAGAAUCUCAUUUUUCUCUAGAAAAUAUAGAAAUGGUCUUGGAUGUUCCAAAUUUGACAUACUAUAUGAAAGGUAUGAAUUUUGAUUCUGGAUUUUCCUUGUGGUGCAAAGUUUUCUUUUGUAGCUACAUUCUUGGUAUCUUGUUAAACUUCAUUAAUCUAUCCUUUUCUUCGUCA